GGAAAGGGUGAGGUAGGCGAAGAGAGGGGGUCGCCGCCGCGUCGCCAGUCACCAGUUUGCCGUGAGCGCUCGUGAUGUGAGGACGUUCUAUGAUUUCGUUCAGGAGCGUGGCGCUCUCAUAGCACUGGCACUAGCAACGGGGAAGAACGCGUUUGUUUUCACGCAACUCGCGUUCCCUCUUCGCGCGUAACGGACAGACGUCGGUCGAGACCAGUGGAAUCGACGAUUUUACCAGCAAGAGACGACCGAAGAUCGUUGUGCGCCACAGUGCCCGGCCGAUAUUCGACAGUCAAAAAACCCGCGGCGUGCGCGACCACGCGACGCGUACACGAGGAAUACGAGCGUCCCUCGUGCAACAAGGAGCGCAACAUUUUCCUUCUUAUUUACCUUUGUGUGUCGAGGCCUGUAUGUCCUUGCAGUUGGCGGGCAUUCUGUUCGUCAGUGUGUAACGUUUCCCGAGACUGCAAGCUACCGAUUACCGUGCUCGCUCACCAAAGACGAUCUCUCUUGGAACGUUUACGCGGCGUAGCCAGAUACUACGUCUGUGCGUGUCAGUGUCUGCGUGAUGCGCGAACAUUUUCAUCGACCAGCUGAUCGCGAUUCUGGCAGUGUUGCAUCGGCUCAAUGGACUUUAUAGAGGCAGCUCGUCCGUGGAGUAUCGCGUACGUGAGCGAAAGGUUAGAUCGUCGGUGGACGAGGGAACAGUUUUCGCGCGGGUACACAGCCCUUUUUUUGCUCGCGCCCGUCAACGUCAACACCUGCGGUAACCGCGGGAAUUUUAUCGCGGCGGUUCGCGGCGUCGCUGCUGCGUGGUGUUGUGCGCCAGCUUAAAGUUCGCGGACCGUGCGCGGGAGAAGGACAGCGCGCGUUCUAUGUACGUGUCUAACUAGAAGGUGACAGAGUACCAGUGUCGGACAGAGACAGAACAAAACUAAGAACUCUGAGAAAGUUGAAGCGAUACGUGCCACCGUCACAUAUACAAAACAUCUCGUCUUUACUCCAUUCUUUCAAUAUCACCUAUCUAUACGUACGUGUAUACGAUUCGUGUUAUUGUUUCGUGAUUGAAUCAAGUACAAGGACAGGUCGGAAGAUCGAGCAAGGGAAGUACGAUAAAUAAAGAACAUCGGCCAAUCUUUUGUAUCGCGAGAUCGUCCGUGCUUUCGUUGUUUGGAGCGCAGUUUGUCAGUGAGGGUAAAGCCGAUAGCACGAGCGAGACAAAGAGCACUCGCGGAAUAGCGACGCGGCAAGAAAGAGACAGAGAUACGGUUGUCGCUCCACGAGGAAGAAGAAAGACACGCGCGCUGGAAUUGAAUAUGUCCGCCAAGCGAAAGGCCACUGCCAUCAUGCAGCAUCACAAGGAAAACAUCUCGACCCCGGAGCCAGCCGACAUAUCCGAGGAGGAUCACUACUCAAGCGCGCUCAUGAAAGACGCGGAUAAGCUGAAGCUGAUGCUGCUCGCUUGGAAUUAUAAUCUUCAACAGCAGGCUCAGGCUCAGGCCCAGGCCCAGGCACAGGCUCAGGCCGCCAACGCGGCCCUCUCGCCAAAUAACUCCUCGACAACCACGGCCACCACCGUUGGCACACCUGUCACCAGCCAAUCGGCCAUUUCCACGGCAAACAACACCAUUAACAACUCCACACUUACAGACUCGCGAAACGGGUCCUCGGAUUUGGUAGAUAUGCCAGCCGGGACCGUUCCGAAUUUGGGAGCGGUGGCAGGAGUCGGAGGCGAGGAUAUGGCAUCCUUGUGGGCUUCUUACGCCAUGGGACUAAAGAAGACACCGCCGCCAGCGUCCGCUGCCACGCCCUCGCGAUCCGAUCGCGAUCGCGAGUCCAGUCCACCUGGAGAGGGAACGGGCAGCGCUCACGACGAAACGAGCAGCAGCGGUAACAAGGAGGACGAGGACGACGACGACGAGGAUGCCGACGAGAGGUUGGAUCCCAGACAUCACGACCCAGAGCGCCAGAAGGCUUUCAACAUGUUCGUCAGGCUGUUCGUCGACGAGAACCUGGACCGUAUCGUGCCGAUCUCCAAGCAACCGAAGGAGAAGAUACAAGCCAUCAUCGACAGUUGCACCAGGCAGUUCCCAGAAUUCGCGGAGAGGGCCAGAAAGAGGAUUAGAACGUACCUGAAAAGCUGUCGGAGAAACAAACGUGGCAGGGAAGGUGCACCCUGGGACGCGGCGAGGCCCACUCCGGCACACUUGACCUCCGUACAGGCCGAGCAGAUUUUGGCAACGGCAUGCGAAAAUGAGAGCGACAACGCUAAACGCAUGAGACUCGGUCUGGAACCCGUCUCACAGCCCAUGCCAACUCUUCCGGCCGCAACGCAAACAGAUGUUCGGUCAAGUUUGGACCAUUUCUCCAGUACACCGGUGAAAUCACUUCCUGGUAAGAGGGAGGACACACCACCGGCAUCGCUAACGUCCCUGGCGCCUCUAACCAGUUUGGCGAACUUGCCGAGCAGCACCCUCUCUUCUACACCCCUGUCUCUCGCACCCGCGUCGAAAUUGCUCGCGCCAGGAGACAACAAGGGUCUCAUGAGCCAGGCGACGAUAGUCAGCUCGUCGACGGUUAACGGUGUUGCCAGCGGCGGUGCACCGACGGCGAUGUACAGACCGAACUUCAGUCAAGCGUUCCAGCGAGCUGGACCGACCACAGUGCCGCCAACUUUGUCAGCAGGCCUCUACCCCACGCAGAGCUUCACGUCGGGUCUAUUGAGCAACGGUACACAAAGACCGACGGAUCUCAGCAUGAAGAACACGAAGCCGCUUCUCAGUCACAAGUUAAACGCGACGGAGAUGACCGCCGUCAGGCAAUUGAUCACUGGAUAUCGAGAAUCAGCAGCGUUCCUUCUGAGAUCUGCCGACGAACUGGAGCAGCUGUUGCUUCAACAACCAUAGAGUUACAUUUACGUAGCCAGUGGCCAACAGCUCGGCUCGUAAGUCUUUCCUAACGAGGAACCAGACUGCCAUGCAACGCGAAUACCGACUAAACGGCCGAUCCUCGAAUCCGGAGACUCGAAUGCCCGCAUACGAACGAAGCCCGUUUACCUUGCUCUAAGUCGAAAUUACCGACUGUUGGUAACGAGAUUCCGUUAUCCACCAAUGGGAAACACGAUUCCCGAACAGAGAGAACAGAUCGCCCCGAGGAAGCAACGAACGAUGCAACCCGGCGAAACUUACACCGGAGGACGUCGGAUGAUAGAAUUUCCUAUCGUUCGAGCAUGACAGCGGUUAGCUUCUUCCGCAGCCUGUAACGCCUCGAAAGAAUAACGAGAGACGUCCAUCUGGAUCGAUACGACGAAGUGAAAGCGAAUUUUAUUCGUGAAAAAGAACAGAGUUCCAAGCGCCAAGCGAGGGGAUCGCCGGAAAACACGCGCGGUUCUUCUAGGGCUAGGUUUAAGGGAACUAUUCAAACAGGGUGUACAUAGAGAGGAUUUACAGAUAUUUACUUAACUAUCGAUAAGCUUAAGCUUAAGAGAAUACGAGACGAUGCGUGUUGCGUGCGUGCGUGCGAGCGAGAAUGCAUGGAAGAGGCUUUGACGAAGAGCGACCCGGCGGAACAAUCGAUCGAUCGUUACUCGAAAGUACACUUUGGCGUAUCUUUUUAGAGUAAUUCCGCUAGCCACGCGAAUCGAUCCCCGAUCGCAACGACCGCUUGUAACGUUCGAAGCUGCCGUUUUCGUUCCAUCGAUCAAAGCUCGCUGCUUCGAACGUCUAUCGUGUAACUUAUCGAACGUCGCCAUUGUCGUUUACCCGAGAACGUCGUUAUGUACAUACGAAUCAACGUGAAAGAAACAGGAUCACGUACCAUAAUUACGUGAAUGAAAGAUGAGAACUCGGGGAGACGCGAGUAGCCUGGAAACGAAGAAGAACGUUCCAGCAGUCUUUACGUGUAUAUAGAGCCCAAGCGUAACUACAUGUACGUCCGCGCGAUUAAACGUGUGUACUACAUUAGGUCGCGGGACAAGAUGCAGGCCGUGCUUUGUUACGCGAGAAAACGGUCAGUGGAUCGAGACGAUCAAUCGUACACAGGAAUUGUGCACUGGCUGAAAGCAUAGUACUUGAAUCGUGCAGAUUGGCUUGGGGAUUUCUAAGAAUUUUAUUAGCAAAGUGACCAGUCUUGUUUGAAACUUAGCUUUCAAGGAAAAGAUUUUCGAGGCUGUUUCGACAACCGCUUCGAACGCGGUAAACCUACUUCGCGAUAGAACAUUUCCAUGUAUUUUUAUUUGUCGCAUUGAAAAUACCAUUGUAUAUAUGAUUUUUAAAUAGUUGAAACGUUCUAACCAUAUUUGUAAACGAUUCGUGUCUAAUCUAUGAAAAAACGUGUUGAAAUAUUUCUACUUAGUAUGUAUGGAAUUUUAUUUGUACCUCUGAAACUUUUCCUUCAAAGAUAGAGACCCUGCGAAAACAACAAGUACUUGGAGUUUAAUGCGCUUUAUCAUAAAAACAUGUUAAAAAUUAGGAUCCUCGACCAACGCUGCGUAUAUUUAUCGGGACCAUCUUGUCACGAUCGGACAAUACGUUGAAAUCGUAUUCGUGGUCUCCGGACGCAUCACUGUGUUACCAAAGAACACUGUUUAUUAUUAUUAUUAUUAUUAUUUUUAUUAUAAUUUUUAUUAUUAUUAUUAUUAUUAUUAUCAUCAUUAUCAUUAUACGAUGAUACAUGUAGGGCUAUAUAGACACGCGUUUAUUCCUUCUUCUCUCUACUUUUUCUUUAUUUGGUCUCCGUUUUACUUUCUUCUAAGGCAAAACCGUUGUUUUAUCGUUGAGCCAACGAGUCGUUCUAACGUGUUUACGAGGAAAUAAGAAGAAGAAAAAAGAAAAGAAAGAUUCCGCGCCACAUCCGAUAUCUUCCGCCACGUAAGCAUUAUUUUUAUCGAUUCUAUCGAUUUCGUUGCGUCUACCUAUCGCUAUUCGCUCGCUAUUACGUUUCAUUAUUAUAUUUUAUGUUACCCUCGAACCGACGAUUCGAAAGGGAAGCUUUCUAGAAGAAUCUUUCUAGUUUAUCGCUAACAGUUUUCGCGCGUUAAUUCGAUUCUAUCGUUGUUUCUUUUUUUUUUUUUUUUUUUUCUGUACAUAGUUCAUAAAAGUCGUAUCGCGACGCUACGACGGAGAAAUCGAGAGAUGAAAGAAAAUUUCGAAAAUGUGAAUUGCUUUUAACGGGAUACGAAGAGAGAAUAUAUUAUUAUUAUUAAUUAAUUAAUUAUUAUUAUACAUAUAAAUCCAUAUAUAUAUAUAUAUAUAUAAAUGUAUAUGUACCAUUGUAAAAUAUAUUUUACGGAUGAUUGAUGGCCGUGACGCCGUGAACUCGAGCUUGAGAAUGACACGGAGAAACAUUCCAUCGGCAGGGAUGAAUGAACAAUUGGAAAGAAGGAAAGGGUUGACGAACGACUCUCCGACUGUUUUACGAUCAACCGACCCCUGUACACGAUGUCGUACUUCCUUUUCCCUUCUCCGUUUCGACAACGACCGUUAUCAUUGAAUUCGAUCGCGCAUUCGAUUGCUUUCGUCUCUCGACAAACGAACGUAUAUACUCGUUUUCAACUUGUCCCAUCGGUCGACGAUCGCUCCGUUUGGAAUAUCUCUAGAAACAAGCGGGUUGCUAAUUGUUCGAGUAAUUCGAUCAACCGUACACUGGAACCGAAUCGAACGUUGCUGAAAAUGGAAAGGCUUUAGAAUACCAGCGAGAAGUCGAAUGGUUUGGAAGAAAAUUGACGGUCUAUUUAAAAUUCUAAUAAUUUUUAGUCCAAGUACAUGGAACUUCCACAGUUCCUAAGGUUACUAGGAAUUGGAAAAAAUUUGAAAUCUUGGAGGAGAUCGAGAUCUCAUUUCGAAAGGUUUUGAAAAUUGGGACGAGAGUUUCAAAGAAUCUGUAAAUUUUGAAUCGUUUAAAUGUUACAAGUCUAUGUAAUAAAUGAAUUCGGUGUUGAAGAACUUUGUCUUAUGAUUUUAUUCUUUUGCGUCUGGCAAAGAUUGUUAUCUAAUUUGUAUAUAGUUUGAUUAAACUUUAUUUAUUUCAUAUACAUUUCGAUGAUAAUUCGUACAGUGCAAUAUUAUAAGCCAUAAGCAAAUAGAUCGAACACAUAAACGCAAUUUAUAUGCCGCAUCGAAUAAUUCGGUCGUUGGAAAAGACAAAGUAGCAGAUAUUUGAAAAUUUAUUGUUACCGAGAGGAUAAGAGUAGUAGAAGUAACUCACACACUUUAACUUUUUCUUCUCUACAUUUUAUGACUGAACAGGACGAACGAUCGAAAAGUCACUUUACCGUGUACGACAACCUUCGGAAAAUUCGUAUAAAAAUUCCAGUUCAUGCUGAAAGCCGCCAGAUUUCUAUCGAUAAAUAAACGGUAUUCUCCAAACUUUCCCGAAUAAUUUCCAAGCUACGUUUCGGCAACGUUUGAAACGAUCGAAAACUUUCGUCACACGUUCGAAGUGAUUCGAAACGCUACGAGAGCCCACCAUCGAACGUGUCUCGUUUGUGGAAUCUCGACGAAACGCUGCCGCUGCCUAGUUAAUCGAGCAAGUAUCGUCAAUCUGUAUAGUGCAAUAGUUCUCUACAAACACACAAGUGCUACUCUUUUUCUCUGUCUCUGUCUGUCUGCCUGCCUGCCUGCCUGCCUGCCUGCCUGUCUGUCUGUCUGUCUGUCUGUCUGUCUCUUUCCGUGUGAGCAUAAAGUAGACUUCGCUUCGCGGCACCGUGGAACGCCUCCUUUCAUUCGAACGUCUCCUCUUCGCGAAAUGUAAUAAUCGUUAGGAUCGUCGUAUCAUACAGGAUAGUUGUACCGCGUUAGAUCCGUGUCUCUCAGACUUGUACACUUGUUCCGUGUGUAAUGGGACCGCGUGCAUCUACACGAACACGCCACGAUAAUUCCGUUUUGCAUCACGGUUUCUACGGUUAGUCGCGACACGAUCGAAUCGAAUUUAAUCGAAAAGCAGAAUCAAAGAAACUUAUUUACCUCGAUGGAGUUGAAUUAUAAUAGAUUUCGAACGAUUUUUCAGCUGAACGUAGGAAGAAAUGAAACGCUUUUAUAGUUGUCGUAAUACGUACGGUAUUCUUUUUAUCGUCGUGGUUAGACCGAGUUAGCUGGAAAUUGUUCCGUUCUAUAGAAUAAAUGCAAUUUUAAACGAAACUCGAUGGAAACUAAUUGUAAUUACAGCUGAAUUAUAUUUAAUUUAAAUAGAUUUCCAUCUUGUAUGUGAUUCAAUUAUCCUUUAAUCGAAGAAAUUGGAUUGCGUUCGGUUAAGUUUGAAUAACGAUCAGUUGUUGUUUCCACGUCGAUCUACCGACACGAAAGUCUUAUUAUUUCUAGCCUCGAACGCAACUGUUUCAAAAUCAUUCCUCGUCUUGUUUCGAUUAAAAUCGUUUAUAAUUAACACGGUACAGCGAGUUCGGUUCGAUUUUCUCCGCGACUGACCAAACCCUCCGUAGUUCCACUCGACGAUGAUCAUCGAAAGGGAAACUGAAAUCGAUCGAAGUCUCUUGGAAGACGAAUCGCGACUACGAUUCCAUUGAAACAUAUAGUAGAUCGAAUCCGUUCACGCAGGGAAAAGAGCAUCGAGUCAACGAUACGCCCGACAUGCGAUCGAAAGGAAAAGGGAAAGACGAAGAAAGUAGCGAGAAACUUGGAAGGAAGAAACAAUACAAACACACAUUUACGGUUUCAUUUAUCUCUCAUCUUCUUUUUCAUUUUCGUAUGCAUACACGUACAUAUUCUAUAUAUACAUGUAACACGUAUAAUUUGUUUGUUCGUUCGAUCGUCUACGAACGCGUGGAGGCACACUUCGAACAAUGUGUCGAAAUAAUCUUAUUUGCCUACACGGGGUGCAGUUCUAAUACCGUUCAAUGUAAUCGCGAAUUGAUGUAUAUUGAUUAAAGAUUAAAGCAACAAAAAAAAAAGGUAUAUAUAUAAAUAUAUAAAUAUAUUGAAAAGAAAAAAAAGAAUAUGUAUUUGUUCCUGAGAAAGAAUUAAUAAGAGUAGUACUACCGUAAUAUUAAUAUCGAUAGUAACGAUAAAGAUAAUUUGAUGGUACAUACUUUCUUAUAAGUAAACAUUAUACAAUUAUUACGAUUAUUGUAGAGUUGGUACGGUCUUUGAUGAUGCCUUGCCUGUAAAUGUAACGUUAAAUGAACAAAAAAAAAAGUCUUAUUACCUUGUAAAUGUUUUACCAAAUAUAAUCGAUUAUUCAACUUAUA